AUGUCUAUUAGGCUUGCCGUGAUAGACGGUGGUGAUGGUGAUACCUAUUCAGUGGACCCAGACAAGGUCACUAAUCUGUUGCAGUUUCCUCAGUAUUUUGAUCUAGAGAUCUACCCAACUGGUCGGCUGGAGAAGCAUCUGGAUGCUUUGCUGCGCCAGGUCCGUGAUGUGGUGGAGAAGCACACAGACACAGAUGUAUUAGAGGCAUGUUCCAUGACAUUCCAUGCACUGUGCAAUGAGGAAUUCACCAUCUAUAACCGUGUAGAUAUUGUCCGCAGCCAGAUGAUUGAUGAACAGAUUGACAAGUUCCACCGUCUGUUGGAGGAUGUCCUGCAGGAGGGAGAGGAGCCUGAUGAAGAUGAUGCCUAUCACGUUUUGUCAACACUCAAGAGAAUCACAGCCUUCCACAAUGCCCAUGACCUCACUAAAUGGGACCUUUUCACCUGCAACUACAAACUUUUGAACUCUGGCCUGCAAAACGGAGAUAUGCCUGAGCAGGUACUGACUACUGAUCCAGGGGCUCAACUCAUUUUAGUUCACUGGCCGGGUUGCAUGCCUUAUACAUGCUCUUCUGCAGUGAAAUGUUGUUCUGAACCAACUAGGCUUGCCACGAUAGACGGUGCUGACGUGAAUGUCAUGCUGCUGUCAGCCCGUGACUCUUAUGUGGAGCCGACGGUCGCCUUUCGCAAAUGCACGUUUGCCUCAAUAUAG